GUGCUAGAAUGAAACUCGGGCUUCCUUCAUACAGUUUCUACCCUUGAUGACAUUAAAUAACUUAGUCACAUUGUGGAGGAAAUGAAGAGAGAUUGAUUCAGGGUGAUGUGGUCCACCUUCUCAUGUCUGCUUCCCCUUUCCCUGACCCAUAUUAAGCCUCCUGAGCUUCCAGAAGAUCAUAUUUUGUGCUUGUGGAGGAACCAAAGAGGAACUUGGACACAGGGAGCAUGGGGCUCUGGGCCUUGGGCACCAGUGUAUUCCUAAGGCUUUGGGGGACUUAUGUGUUCCCAGGAAGCACUGCCUGGACAAACUUCAUCCAGCAUUUGGGAGUUUGCUGCUUUGUGGCUCUCCUUUCGGUAAGCCUCCUCUCUGCAGCCCUCUACUGGGUCUUGCCAUCCGCUGCCUUGCUCUCUGCUGUCUGGAUGGCCACUUGUGUCUUUCUGUGCUGUUCCAAGCAUGCACGGUGCUUCAUUCUUCUGGCCAUUGUCUCGUGUGGCCUCCGUGAAGGGAGGAACACUUUGCUUGCGGCUGGCACUGGGGUAGUGAUCUUUGGACACGUGGAAAAUAUUUUCUCUAACUUCAGAGGUCUCUUAGACAGCAUGACUUGCAACCUAAGGGCAAAGAACUUUUCGACACAUUUUCCACUUUUAAAACGCUAUAUCGAAGCCAUUGAGUGGAUUUACGGCCUCACCACUCCACUGAAUGUACUUGAUGACCUUGUUUCAUGGAACCAGACUCUGGCGGUCUCUCUUUUUAGUCCCAGCCAUGCCCUGCAGGCUCACAUGAAUGACACCAGAGGAGAAGUCCUGAGUGUCCUGCAUCGCAUGGUGCUCACGACAGAGCUUCUGACUUCUGUGGGCCAGAAACUGCUUGCCCUCGCCGGGCUUCUGCUCAUUCUAGUCAGCACUGGCCUCUUCCUGAAGCGAUUCCUGGGCCCUUGUGGCUGGAAGUACGAGAAUGUCUACAUCACCAGACAAUUUGUUCUGUUUGAUGAAGAGGAGAGGUGCCAACAGCGGCCCUGUGUCCUCCCGCUGAAUAGGAAGGAGAGGAAGAAAUACAUCAUCGUCCCAUCUUUGAAGCUGACUCCCAAAGAGAGGAGAAACCUUGGGCUUUUUUUCCUCCCUGUCCUGACCUAUCUCUACAUGUGGAUGCUGUUCGCAACUGUGGAUUAUCUGCUGUAUCGGCUCAUUUCCUCCGUGAACAAACAGUUCCAAAGCUUGCCAGGGCUAGAAGUUCACUUGAGACUACAUGGAGAGAAACAAGGAACUCACGGAGUCAUCCACGAUUCUGCCUUUAAUAUAUCUAUGUUCGAACCAAGCUGCAUUCUUAAACCACGGCUCAGUGUGUCUCAGACUUGGGUUCCUCUUAGUAUUAUUCUCUUAACGCUGGUGAUACUAGGAUUGUUGUCUUCUAUGCUGAUGCAGCUUAAAAUUCUAGUGUCAGUCUCCUUCUACCCCAAAGUGGAGAGGGAGAGAAUUGAGUACCUCCAUGCAAAGCUCCUUGAGAAACGAUCAAAGCAGCCAUUGGGAGAAGCUGAUAGGAAACUGAGCCUGUACUUUAAAAAGAUUCACUUCUGGCUUCCAGUCCUGAAAAUGACUAGGAAGAAGCAUAUGAUCCCUGCAAAUGAAGAUGACCCGUGAGCAACAUGGUCCUUCUUCCAGGGUCAGUGGCUGCUUCUUACUGUCUAUUCAGUAAGAGAGGGCUCUAUGAGAAGAAGGUCUACAGAUGCUUGAGUUUGCAAGCCCACCUUUCUGGUUAUUCUUCAAGCUACUUGUCAAUCAUAAUGCCAAAUGGUCCCUAGGUAAAUAGAUUUUUAGUCUGUCUUCCAAACAAAACACAGUACCUAGAAUGUCAUGGUUAAAGCUAAAAUGAUGGUUGGCAUGAACAUGUCCUCUAGAGGCUAAGAUGUUUGAUAGGUAGAUGAUAGAUCCCCAGUUGGUGCAAUUUAGGGGAGACUUACGAGGUGUGGUCUUGCUGGAUAAAGUGUGUCACCAGAAAGUGUUUUGCAGUUUUAAAAGCCAUGUGCUAAUUCCUGUUUGCUCUAUUUCCUGCCUGUGGCUGGAGAUGUGGGUUCUCAGCUGUCCCUGCCUCCAGGUCUGUCUGUCAGCAUAGUUCCCCACUGAGAUGGUCAUGGUUCCUCUCUGGAACCUUAAGUCCAAAUAAACCCUUUCUUCUACA